CUCCUCGGCUUCAUUUAUGCACGUGACAGAAAGCCGCCCUUCACGCGACACAGUUGAGGUCCCCUAGAGCCAAUUCCCUUGGUCCCCGAUCCCAAACGUGGAGGUGAAUCCGAGAACAUCAACGAGUAAUCGAGAGAGAGAGAGAGAGAGAGAUGAAGGAGGCGAGCUCUUCAACGGCGAGCGAUCCUCGGCAGCCGUCUACGGCGAGGCCGUACAAACAGGCGCUUGAUGAUUAUGCGCUUAUGUCCCUUUCUUAUAGUUUGUACCCUCUUUGUUUCUUCUUCAUUGUUCAGUACAAGCUCUGCUCAUGGCUGGCGAUAAUAUUCUGUGCUCAGUCUCUUGUAAACAUGAAGAAUAUGGAAAAUGAUUUGAAACAGAUCUCCAUGGCAAUGAUGUUCGCAAUCAUGGGAUUAGUUACGAACUACUUUGGGCCCUCCCGGCCUGCCAAAAAAUAGAGCAAAUUUCAGUCUGUAUGCUCAACCAUUGGCAUUUAUCUUUGUUAUGAUUAUGCUUCUGGGGUGCGUAUCUUAGAAUCAUGAAAGAGGUGUUCCAAACAUAUUGCUUUUAAACUUUCCUCAGUACUGGGACUAUUUAUGUAAUGAAUUUUAGUUUGACUUUUUCUCAGGACUAGCAUUAUUAUUGAUUUAUUUAAAACUGCUCAAGCUCCCAUUAUGCAUGUGCUAUUUGUAUUUUGUUUUUCCUCUC